GCCCCGCUCGGCCGGGCGGCCGUGACCGCCAGGGACGGAGCGGCCCCGGCCCCGAGCGCGCCGGGCAUCGUUUCGCGUGUUGGUCUGAGGCACGGCAAGCUAGGAAUAUGAACAGGAAAACAAGGCGCUGGAUCUUCCACAUCUUCCUGAGCCUGGGGAUUGUGUAUAUCAAGAUCGGGGGUUUCUCCUCUGUGGUGGCCCUGGGAGCCAGCAUCAUCUGUAACAAGAUCCCGGGGCUCGCCCCCCGGCAGCGGGCGAUCUGCCAGAGCAGGCCCGACGCGAUCAUUGUCAUCGGGGAAGGAUCCCAGAUGGGCAUCAACGAGUGCCAGUUCCAGUUCCGCAACGGGCGCUGGAACUGCUCGGCCCUGGGCGAGCGGACGGUCUUCGGCAAGGAGCUCAAAGUGGGGAGCAGGGAGGCCGCCUUCACCUACGCCAUCAUCGCGGCCGGAGUGGCGCACGCCAUCACGGCGGCCUGCACGCAGGGCAACCUCAGCGACUGCGGCUGCGACAAGGAGAAGCAGGGUCAGUACCACAAGGAGGAGGGCUGGAAAUGGGGCGGCUGCUCCGCUGACAUCCGCUACGGCAUCGGCUUCGCCAAGGUCUUCGUGGACGCCCGGGAGAUCAAGCAGAACGCCAGGACGCUCAUGAACCUGCACAACAACGAGGCCGGGCGCAAGAUCCUGGAGGAAAACAUGAAGUUAGAGUGCAAGUGCCACGGGGUGUCAGGGUCCUGCACCACUAAAACCUGCUGGACAACGCUGCCCAAGUUCCGGGAGCUGGGCUACAUCCUCAAGGACAAGUACAAUGAGGCCGUGCAGGUGGAGCCCGUCAGGGCCAGCCGCAACAAGCGCCCCACCUUCCUCAAGAUCAAGAAACCCCUUUCCUACCGCAAACCCAUGGAUACAGACUUGGUGUACAUAGAGAAAUCCCCCAACUACUGCGAGGAGGACCCGGUGACGGGCAGCGUGGGGACGCAGGGCAGGAUGUGCAACAAGACGGCGCAGCAGUCCAACGGCUGCGACCUGAUGUGCUGCGGCCGCGGCUACAACACCCACCAGUACUCCAGGGUGUGGCAGUGCAACUGCAAGUUCCACUGGUGCUGCUACGUGAAAUGCAACACAUGCAGCGAGAGGACAGAGGUGUACACCUGUAAGUGAGCGCCUGCCCGGGGCUGCUCCAGCCCGGAUACAUUUGCACAUGCACUCAGUGUCCCUGAGCAGAACUGCGGGGAAGAGCUGCUCUCCCCGAGGAGAUGCUGAUGAGUGGA